UAAACCAAUCAGAGAUUAGUUACAACAAAUUUUAACUUACCUUUGCAUUUUAUAAUGUAACUGAGGUUUUUUAUGGGCUGAAUUGAUGCAAAAUUUAAAUAUAAAAUAAGCACGGAUUUUGUGUUUUACAAACAAAAUGAAGUGAAUACUUCUAUCACAUGUAACUUAAUUCAGUCAAUUAACAAUUCCAAAAAUUAUCUAUAUACACUUAAAGAAGAGAAAACAAAACUUAUCUGUGUCAUGUCAAAUGAUUUUACACUUGAUGACCAACAAAAUGAAUUAUCCGAUAAAUCAGUAACUUUACAAAAUGAUUUAGAAGUAAAAUGGUAUUACUUAUCAUCUGCUGAAAUUUGUGCACUUGUACUAACUUUCUUAUAUUAUAUACUCAUGAUAUGCUUGGGUAUAUUAUGUUGGUUAAAUGCAAAACGUCGAUAUAAAAAUCGUCAAAGAAAUUCAAAUACAUGGUCAAGAUUUCAAAUUAGUCCAAAUCAGUUGCACAUUAAAUAUACAGAUGAUGACGGUGAUUCUAUGGUGUCUAAUACUCAAGAAAAUAAAGUCAAAAAGAAUUCAGUAUAACUCAUGAUUGAAUCCAUCAACUUGAAAUUUAAUAUUUGCCGAAAAGAAAUGUGCAGAUUCCUGAGUAUGCUCAUGUUGUUUAUCUAUAAUUUAAAAAAAUUUGACUUCAAAUAUUCAGGGUGAAUUCGUAAAUAUGAGACU